UCCCCCUUCCCAGGCAGCCGGACUUUGGCGAAGUGGGCGGGCCGUGGGCAGGACCUGGGCUGUCGUUUCCAGGACGAGAGCGGAGCGGACCCUGAGUCCUCUGCAGCCGCUAGAGCCUCAGCCACUGUCGCCUCGCAACCAACCGCCACCAUGGUGAAGAUCGUAACAGUGAAGACGAAGGCAUACCCGGAUCAGAAGCCGGGCACCAGCGGGUUGCGGAAGCGCGUGAAGGUGUUCCAGAGCAACGCCAACUAUGCGGAGAAUUUCAUCCAGAGCAUCGUCUCCACUGUGGAGCCGGCGCUGAGGCAGGAGGCCACGCUGGUUGUGGGCGGGGAUGGCCGUUUCUACAUGACCGAGGCCAUCCAGCUCAUCGUACGCAUCGCCGCAGCCAACGGGAUUGGUCGCCUGGUUAUUGGACAGAAUGGAAUCCUCUCCACUCCUGCUGUAUCCUGCAUCAUCCGAAAAAUCAAAGCCAUUGGUGGAAUCAUUCUGACAGCCAGCCACAAUCCAGGAGGGCCCAAUGGAGAUUUUGGAAUUAAAUUCAAUAUUUCUAAUGGGGGUCCUGCUCCAGAAGCAAUCACUGAUAAAAUUUUCCAAAUCAGCAAGACAAUCGAAGAAUAUGCCAUUUGCCCUGACUUGAAGGUAGACCUCAGUGUUCUGGGAAAGCAGCAGUUUGACUUGGAAAACAAGUUCAAGCCCUUCACAGUGGAGAUUGUGGACUCAGUGGAGGCCUAUGCCACAAUGCUGAGAAACAUCUUUGAUUUCAACGCACUGAAGGAGCUACUCUCUGGUCCAAACAGACUGAAGAUCCGCAUAGACGCCAUGCACGGAGUUGUGGGACCGUAUGUAAAGAAGAUCCUCUGUGAAGAACUUGGUGCCCCCGCAAACUCCGCUGUGAACUGUGUUCCCCUGGAGGAUUUUGGAGGCCACCACCCUGACCCCAACCUCACCUAUGCUGCUGACCUGGUGGAGACCAUGAAGUCAGGAGAGCAUGAUUUUGGGGCUGCCUUUGAUGGUGAUGGGGAUCGGAACAUGAUUCUGGGCAAGCACGGGUUCUUCGUGAACCCCUCUGACUCUGUGGCCGUCAUUGCUGCCAACAUCUUCAGCAUUCCGUAUUUCCAGCAGACCGGGGUCCGUGGCUUUGCGCGCAGCAUGCCCACAAGUGGUGCUCUGGACCGGGUAGCAAACGCCACAAAGAUCGCUUUGUACGAGACCCCAACUGGCUGGAAGUUUUUUGGGAAUUUGAUGGAUGCAAGCAAGCUGUCCCUCUGUGGAGAGGAGAGCUUUGGGACUGGUUCAGACCACAUCCGAGAGAAAGAUGGAUUGUGGGCUGUCCUGGCCUGGCUGUCCAUUCUGGCCACCCGCAAACAGAGUGUGGAGGACAUCCUCAAAGACCACUGGCAGAAGUUUGGUCGGAACUUCUUUACCAGGUAUGACUAUGAGGAGGUGGAAGCCGAGGGUGCCAGCAAAAUGAUGAAGGACCUGGAGGCCCUGAUGCUGGACCGAUCCUUCGUGGGGAAGCAGUUCUCAGCAAAUGAUAAAGUCUACACUGUGGAGAAAGCCGAUAACUUUGAAUAUAGUGACCCAGUAGAUGGAAGCGUCUCAAAAAAUCAGGGCUUGCGGCUUAUUUUUGCAGAUGGUUCUCGGAUCAUCUUCAGACUGAGUGGCACCGGGAGUGCAGGGGCUACCAUCCGGCUCUACAUUGAUAGCUACGAGAAGGACAUUGCCAAGAUCAACCAGGACCCCCAGGUCAUGCUGGCGCCCCUGAUCUCCAUUGCUCUGAAAGUGUCCCAGCUCCAGGAGAGGACGGGCCGCACUGCGCCCACUGUCAUCACCUAGAAAGAUGUCCAGAUGUGGCAUGGCCCUCCCUCAGGACGUGUCCAUGCCACCUGAUUGAAGAGCACGGACAGAAACAGUGUAUUCACCUGGGCCUUUUAGGACUCUGCCUUGACUUUUUACUUCCCACUUGAUAAACAGCCAUUUGUGAGGCACUGCCACUGUGUGGGGGAGAGGGGGAGCAGACCCAAGGGCCUGCACCCGUAUCUGUUCCUUCUCUUGCCCUGCUGAAUUGCUGCUGUGUGGGCCCUUCCCUCCCAGCAUCAGGUACAUACACUACACUAAAGAUCUGGAGGCGGAGGGUCAGCAACAAGGCCCUCUCCAGUCCAGGGGUGUGCCUGUAAAAUGAUAUCGAAGCUCCUGCUCCACUGUGAAAGUCUCCCCAUUUAUGUUUACAUGUAAUCCAACAGAAUACGGUUUCUGGUGCCUUCUCUCUAAUCAGUUUCUCUCCGAGUGAGAUGUGCUUGUCUUCAGAGCUGUGUUAUUUUGCAUCUCCCAUCUGCACAGAUAUUUGGGGUAUUAAAGCAGAAUGUGCUACUGUU